AAAAAGACAGGUGCAAGGGAUUUGAUUUUGGACUUUACAUUAGGGUUUCAUAAAGAUGCUUUUGCUCUCCUUCUUAAGCACAAUACAAUAUUAUUAAUUGCCUUUUAUUAUUAUGAGUGACUCACCAAAAUAUUCACACCUUUUAAUUUUAUUCUACAAUUUAUACUUUUAUUUUGUGAUUGGAUAUUAGAGUGUAAGAAAGAGAGAGUGAAGGAGAGAGAGAGAGAGAGAAAUGGGAAGAGGAAGAGUGGAGUUGAAGAGAAUUGAGAACAAGAUCAACAGGCAAGUGACCUUCGCUAAGCGAAGAAACGGACUUUUGAAGAAAGCUUAUGAGCUUUCCGUUCUCUGCGAUGCCGAAGUUGCUCUCAUCAUCUUCUCCAAUAGAGGAAAAUUGUACGAGUUUUGCAGCAGUUCAAGCAUGCUCAAAACGCUUGAGAGGUACCAGAAAUGUAAUUAUGGUGCCCCUGAGAAUAAUGUGUCUACACGGGAAGCCUUGGUAAUGGAAUUAAGCAGCCAGCAGGAGUACUUGAAGCUGAAGGCACGUUAUGAGGCCCUACAACGAUCCCAGAGGAACCUCAUGGGAGAAGAUCUUGGCCCUCUAAACAGUAAAGAGCUCGAGUCUCUUGAAAGACAGCUUGAUUCGUCCUUGAAGCAAAUCAGAUCAACAAGGACCCAGUUCAUGCUGGAUCAGCUCUCUGAUCUUCAACACAAGGAAAACUUACUAUGUGAGGCUAAUAGGUCUCUCAGACAAAGGUUGGAAGGGUAUGAAAUAAAUCCACUCCAACUGAAUCCCAGUGUUGAAGAUAUGGGAUAUGGCCGCCAUCCGUCGCAAACUCACGGUGACCUCUUUCAACCACUAGAGUGUGAGCCAACGUUACAAAUUGGAUAUCAGGCUGAUACAGUGUCAGUGGUGACAGCUGGCCCAAGCAUGAGCAAUUACAUGGCAGGAUGGUUACCUUAAUUAGUAAGAGGGGUGGGUGGCGUUUCCUACAGAGGAUUCACUGCACCAGCACAUUUGCAGUUCCAAUUUUAUUUGAAAAUGGAAGGAAAAAAAAAAGGUAGAAAAUUGCUUUGGGAUGUAACGAAGCUGUAAGUGUCUACCGUGUAUGAAAUAGGGACAAAGUUAAGCGGUGUUGUUUGUGUGCGCUUUCAUAAACUGAGUACUUCUUUGUUUCAGUUACUGGUGUUCUUCCCUUAUAAAUUAUAAUAAUAAGCUCUUAUGAUAGUUAGAAAA